AUGUGUGGUCCUCUUGGAGCUCCAGGGCCAUUUGGCGAGAGAGGGCCCACUGGAGAACCAGGUCGCGCAGGCAGCUCAGGUGUGCAGGGUCCGCCUGGAGAUAAAGGCCCAGUGGGGGCAGAUGGAGACCCCGGUCUUACAGGCAAGCAGGGCUCACCGGGAAUUCAAGGUGAAAUGGGCCUGGUGGGCGCUAAAGGCCAGCAAGGUGAUCGGGGGCUUCAAGGUCCCCAGGGCGAACAAGGUAUCCCUGGCCCCAAAGGUGGAAUUGGACAGAUGGGACCAAAAGGAAAGCAAGGGUACCAGGGAGAGCUGGGUCCAUCAGGGGAGAUGGGGCCACCAGGAGACAUCGGUUUGAUGGGGGUCAUGGGGGAUCAAGGGGAAGAGGGAGAGCGAGGCCCUGCAGGCAACAUGGGUCUUAUUGGACCACCAGGCGAUGCCGGACCCCUCGGACCUGCUGGGCCCCCAGGCUCAAGAGGCCUUCAAGGAGUCAUGGUAAUUAUUUUUUUAAUUAUCAUAUUGACUUGCAAGCCUAGAUCUGCUUGA